CGCCGAACUCGAGGCUUCAAAACGUCCACAAACCAACGAGUGACGUCACGAUGACUACGUCCACUUCUUAUAUUUUAUGCAAAUUAAGUAGAUGACAUCAUCUUUUUCCCAAACGAUCCAUUUUAGCGUGUCCACACCGAUACAAAGUAACGGCCAUUUUUAAAACCUUUUUAGAAGGCGUUUUCAAAAGCAUCUGUUUUGGUGACCUAAAACUCGUAUUUGUAGUAAUAGUGGAAUAUUGUUGUAAACGUAGUCGGUGUUCAAUGUCAGGAAUAUAAACUAACCUGAAACACUGACGCCCCCCCGCAGCGCUCUCUCCUCUGUGACCUCUCACCUCUGUUGUUGUCUGUUGUAUCCGUUGGCUCAUCCUUUACAGGCCGGGACAGAGCAGGCAGUCGGCCCACAGUCUGUGAUGUCAUCACCACGCGCCAUCCCGACUCUCCAUCAACACCCAUCUCUGACUGUGUACUUGACCAGCAGACCCCGUAGCCCUCCUCAGCCCCCUCCUCCUCCGCUGCCGCCAGGCCGACCGCCGCCGCCCACUCCUCCACAGGAGCGAGGAAACGAGACGCAGGAGGACGCAGGAGGAGGAGGAGGAGGAGGAGGAGGAGGAGGAGGAGGUGGGGAGGCCGCAGUGACCAUGGCGACGACGGCAGGAGGAGGAGGAGGAGGUGUGGAAGACUGGGAGGAGAGAGACACUCCUCUACGCCAACUAGAAGCUGUGGAAGGAGAGGAGAGGGAGGGAGGGAGGGCGCCACGAGCCAUCGAUAACCAGUACUCCUUCUUCUGAUGAAGGGAGGAGGAGGAGGAGGAGUGUGUAUGUUUGUGUUUGAGUGUGUGUGUGAGCAGAUGUGAGAUUGGAUGAGGCAGCGUACAUCAUAGCCAUUCAUAACCAGUAUUUUUAUUUUGUUAGCAAGGUGGAGGAGAGAAGGAGGAGGAGGAGAGGAGGAGGUGUAAAAAGUACUAACACUAAACGAGAGAGAGAAGACGGAGAGCAGCUUUACAACACUAACUAGCGGUACAUUUCUUUUUUAAUUGUUAAUGUUUUUAGUCCGAUAAGCUUUGUGUGUUGUUGUUUUUUGCCGGUUCGACUCCUAAAGAACUCUUCUGUUGUUCGUGAACAGUAAACGGAGCUCGAGGGUUGAAGCCGACAGUCUUGAUACCUCAACCGUGGUCCACACGCUAGCCAGAGGCCCAACCUCUCUACAGACGUUAGGUACGGUACGGAGGCCCCGGGGGGACAAAUCGUCCUGUGUUUGUGACGUAAGGUUCAAUAAGGAUUAGUUCCUUUAUUCAAUAUUUAAUCAUGUGAGAAAAAGUAUGUUUGUUCACGUGAAAACAUCUCCUUCAAACUACUGGAUUUAUUCAAGUUCAUCACCAAAACUACAUUUUACAGAUGACAUGUGA